GAACAAUUCAAGGAAAUGGCGGGAAUUCUUGGCGCCAUUAACAAGCCUUCCAUACACAACUGUACCCUACCUUUCUACCACAUCUUGAAAUCAUCCUCUCAUUCAAAACCCACAAUCCUUCGCAAUCUCCCCCACAAGAAAUCAGAAAUGGAGACCCAAAACAACACAAUCAUAGCAGAUAACAAAGAAUCAAACAAACAUGUUCCAAUUCUCCGAGUUAAAAAGCUGUCCGACAAGGCUGUUUUGCCCUCCAGAGGAUCCCCUCUUUCUGCUGGUUACGAUCUUUCAAGUGCUCAGGAGAUUAAAGUACCCGCUAGGGGAAAAGCCCUGGUUCCAACAGAUCUGAGCAUCGCAAUACCUGAAGGAACUUAUGCUCGCAUCGCGCCGCGAUCAGGGUUGACGUGGAAGCAUUCGAUAGAUGUGGGAGCGGGUGUGAUCGAUGGCGAUUACAGGGGGCCUGUUGGGGUCAUAUUGUUCAAUCACUCUGAUAUUGAGUUCCAAGUGAAUGUUGGAGAUAGGAUUGCUCAGUUGAUUCUUGAGAAGAUCAUGACUCCUGAUGUAACUGAGGUUGAUGAUUUGGAUGAUACGGUUCGAGGUGUUGGUGGCUUUGGAUCUACCGGAGUGUAACGCAACUAUAAUUGUCUGCCAUUGUCUUGUAAUUGUUUCAUUUGGGGCUGGUUUAAGUUCAGAAGAGCACGAUUGCAUAGCCAAAGUGGUAUGUUUAUUCUCGGUUUUCCCGGGUUCGACUCUGCCUCAUCCGAGAAGCAGUAAAACAUAUAUUUAUUUGUAAGGCAUAUAAGUUGGAUGCGUUAGGGCUGUUUUUGUGGUUUAUGCUUCUCAUCUUUGAUAUUGUUUUAUCGAUUAAAAUAUUAUGUUGUUUGAUUGAAAAUGAAGAACACAGUAGCAAAUUAUGUAUUA